AUGAUUAAUUUACCUUUCCAUAAAUGGAAAUUGAACUUUUAUGAUCCUGUCUUUGAAGCUGAAUUUGAAACUCAUCAAAACAAAAUUAGACUCAUCUCAUUUCAAAUGAUAAACUUAUUGGUUUCAGUAGCUGCUCUAAUUUGUUUAAUAACAUUUGUUAUUCAAUAACAGCCCAUUUAAUUAAUAAUAAUUAUGAUAGGAGUAGUAGGAGGUUGUUUUUUUAUGCUGAUUGUUGGUAAAAAGUUGUAGCCUUACCUCAAACAAAUUUUUUCGUUUUAUUUUGUUUGGAGUUAAUCUACAAAUGUAUUGAUUGCCUUUAGUGGAUUAAAUAUGUAUUUCUUUGUCAUAAUUUAGACCUACAUUUGUAUUUGGAUUUAAUACUUGUUGCUUUGCUGUUGGGACUUUAUAAUAUAGUGAUAACAGAUUGAAAUUAGUUUACACAAUACUCACUCCUUUAAUAUUUUUAUGGGUUUUCGAUAUUUAUUAAGCUGAUCAAAUUCAAUAUGUAUUUUAAACAAUUGCUUGUGUUGUUUGUAUUGGAAUUUGGACUUAUAUGUAAGAAUAUACAGCACGUUUGGCAUUUUCACUGAAUUUAAUUGCUAAUAAAUAAAAGUAUUGUGAUUCUUAUUUUAUAGAGAACUAAUAAAUGAAUUUGUAAAUGAUGCAAUGUUUGCAAUCAGCUUAGAUUCUAGAACAAGAUAAUUUAUUUUGGAAUUUUAAAACAAAAAAUUUGAAGAAAGUAUGAAUAUUAAAGAAACUGAAUAAAUGAAGAAUUUUCUUAGAUAAUCUUAUUUGAUAAUAAAGGCUUAAGAAAGUCAAAAAAGAUUAACAGAAAAAGGGUUAUUAAGAGGAUUAAAAUUGGAGGAGUUUUUAUUUAAAAAAAUAAAACCUGAUACAGAACAAAUAUCAUAAGACAUUGAUAAUGAAAUUGAAAUAAUGUAUCAUAAUUUAAUUACAGAUUAAAUGAUGGGUAUGAAAAUUUAAAUAAAGUAAAUGAAUUUUGGAAAACCUAUCUUAAUUGGAAUAAUUAAAUCUGAAUAAGUAUCAAAUUUAAUAGGAGAACAUUAAAAAUAAAUAAAAGAACAUUAAAAUCUUAUUAUUAAUUUUUCAACAUAAAUUGUUUCACAAUAAGAAAAGUUAUAUAAAUAAAUCAAUAAAACAUAAUUAGGAAGUUUUAAUGAAUUCGAUUAAAUUAUGAAUUUAAAGUGUUUAAACCUAUCUAUAAUUAAUUAUAUUAGGAAUUAUAUAUUGUAUUUUAAAAGAAAUAAAAUUUCAACUCAAUUAUAAGUUUACAAAAAGUUUCAAAUUUAUGAAUAUCUUAAAACUAUUUAAUAAUAUUUUCAUUGUAUAGCAUAAUAUUAUGAAAUUAGAUUUGAUAUUUUUAAUCAUGUUGAUAAAAAUUGUCAAAUAAAUAUCAAUAUCAAAUAUUUAACAUAAAUACUAUUUAAUAUCUUUGAAUAAAUUACUAAAUAAUCUUGUUACAUAAAUAAUGUAUCUCUUAAUAUAAUUGAAGAAUAUACUUAAAAUGAUCAAGUAUUAGAAACAAGAAGGAAAGUUGAGGAUUCCUAAAGUGCAUCAAAAUAAUUAAUUGAUUUUAAAUUAAUUUAAUUCUAAUUUGAUGUUGAAAGUUCAUAAUUACUUGAUUUAUCAUGCUUCAAUAAAUUAGAAUAAUAUUAAAGAACAGAAUAAGAUGAAAAUUAUAUCAUAUAAGAAGUUACAACAUGUUUAUUAGAUUGUCUAGGUCCUAAUAAUAAAUUAUAAAUAGUUGAAAAUAUAAAAUUAGAAAAUGGGAAUUUUUAUAAUAAAUUUUAUUUCAAAAUAUAUUCUGAUUAAUCUUAAUUAGAACCCUCAUAUUUGAAGGUUAUUGAUAAACCAUUAAUUUAUUGA